AUGGCUAGAACUAGAAGGAAGCAGGUUUCUGAUUCAUCCGCCCAAGAAAAUGAGUCGCCGGACGGGAAAUCAAGCUCGGAAGGGGCUGAAAUUCCAGAAAGCAAAAGGGUCCCGAAGAAUAAUAUUAACGAAUACGAGAGGCAGAGGAUGAAGAGGAUUGAAGAAAACCGAGCAAGAAUGGAGGCGUUGGGGAUGAAGAAAAUGGCAGAUUCCUUUGUGGGUUCGAUUCCUAAACCAUCAAAGACAACGAUUGAGAGCAAAGGUAAAAGAAAAUUGGGUGAUGAUGAUGAGGAGUAUACUCCUUCUGAUGGUGAGAAGGCAUUGGACUCUUCAAGUGAGGAUGAUGAGGCCAAGAAUAACGAAGACGACGAAGACUAUUCUUGUUCUACUGCCAAGAGGAAGACAAAGAAAAGAAAUAGAACGCCCAAGAAGAAGGCUUCCCCCGGGAAGCAUUUUGAUGAAUCUGAUUUUGUUGACGAUGAUGAAGCUCUGUUGCAUGCGAUUGCUCUUUCACUCCAAGAUUCCACAGGACUUGCCGAUUCGAACUCUCUGGAGUCUCAGAGCUCCACACCUCCUGCGGUAAACAGUAUGAGCAAUGAAAAAAAGCAUAGUUCCCACGAUCAGGGAAAUACAGUAAAACGAAAGAUAAAAAAAUCGAUGAACAGUAGAGUGCAGAUGACAGAAGAUGAUUUGAUUCUGUAUUUCUUUCGAUUCGAUGAAGUAGGAAGAGGGGGUAUAACAGUCAGAGAUCUAAGACGAAUGGCCACUACACAUGAUUUUACAUGGUCUGAUCAGGAGAUGGAGGAUAUGAUCAAGUACUUCGACUCUAAUGGAGAUGGACAGGUUAGCCUUGAUGACUUUCGUGAGAUUGCUGGUCGUUGUGGCAUGAUGCAGGGUUCUUAA